GCUGACCGCGUGACAAGACCCGGAAACUGCCGACUCCUUCCGACGGUCCACGAAGCUGUGGUCACUUAGCAACCCGUGUGUAUCGGGCGACCCGCUUUCUGAGGUGUUCGUGUACGGCCUGUUUGCGUGUGACGACAUGGAAUUGUUGUCGGGAGGACCGCCAGACGUAAAAGUGCAGAGACGUCGAGACGAUGAGGCGAGAAGACGGGCGAGGAUUUUCGACGACAAAGUUCGCACCAUUGGGGUUGACAAGCAAUUCCUCGACAAGCAGGUUGCUGAGAAUCUGGCGAGGAAAAGGGCGGAAAAGGCGCAACAAGAAGCCGACGAUGCGGCCAUGUUGCAGACCGCCAAACAAGUUUGUCUGCUCCAACAUCAACAAGCGGAGGCCAAACGUGCCGUGGAGAAGGCAGUGGUGGACUAUCACCAGUACCAGCUGGGGUCGCGUCCGGAGGACGUGCACGCAGGUGAGGCACUCGUGAUGCUUCCUGGUCUGCCGGGGGAGGACCGUGACCGCGUCGGACGAGAGCGGCGGCAGAAGGAGCAGCUCAAAGCGUGGCUCCUCCAGCAGCAGGACGAACGGGCUGAGACGAGGCAGAGGCACAAGAUGGAGAAGCUGCAGGACGACCGACGUAGGCUAGACCAGGACGACGACGCCCUCAGGCUGCACGCCAUUGAGCUGGAGAGGAGGAAAGCUGCGGCCGUUGCUGCAAAAGAGUGGAAUAUGACGAUGACAGAAGGGAGGCGGCAUGAGGAGUGUAAAAAGGAGAACACGGAGUCCGAGGAGGCUCAGCACCAGGUCAGCAUGAUGGGAGCCCCCGGUCUUUGUCCCAGCAGCGACAGGAAGCCGCCUCCUGAGAGCUUGAGAACAAUCACCAGAUUCCGCCAGCAUCAAAUGGAAGAGAAAAAGAGGAUGGACAUGGAGAAGAAAAAAGACCAAAUGCGACACGAUGGCGUCCGGCUGGACUCUGCUCGUAUUGCUGAGCUGAUGGCGAGGCAGGAGGUCCGACACAAGCAGCAGCUACGACGACAUCUGGACGCCACCAACAAACAUCUGGCUGCGUGCACGCAGCACAGGGAAGUGGGCGUUGGGAGGGGCCACAUCGAUGAAAGCUUCUUCUCCAAAUUUAACACCAGCAGCCGCUGAUUUCAGCCACGCUGGUUCAAGCCUGCAUGCCACCCACGGGUUCAAACCUGCGUGCCACCCGUGGGUCUUCCACAAUAAAAUGCAGCCUUUCAAACAGAGCAGCACUGCCUUUAUCUGUACGUGGGACAAACUACAUGAAAGAAUCCGGUACUUUAUGCAAAUGGUCAUUUUAUUUAUUUAUUUGAAAUGGACAUUUUAUUCACGAAUGUCCCAGACAAAAUUGUCAGGAAUUUCCUGAGUCACGUGAUACAACACUUUAACUUUAGUAAAAGCACACAGGAACACGACAUGGAGCCUCCAUGGCGUCAUUACAUCAUCAACAUGACAUGUCAGGGAGACUCUUCCACUCCAGUCCUGCAGGGGGCGGUGAUGUGCGUUAAAAUUGAAAAUAAGACAUUGCUGAUCAUCAACCAGAAUUCCCAGCAAAAAAAAACUAAGAAUUGGAAAAUGUUUGUGUUAGCAGCAAAACGGGAAUUGAACCUCUCACAACCCAAGCAGAAUCAAGCAGGCCAAGCAGGACUUGGCGUCAGGGCGAGUCCUUAAUGUGUAAAAAUAUUGUUAUCACCGCAGCAUCGUUUCUGAAAAGCAUUUUCCGCCACAAACUUGUCCCACUUCCUCUGCCACGCAUCCAGAGCUUUGCUCUGCAUCUCGGGGCCCAACGAGCUGUACCUGAAAGCAAAGCGGGCCGGGCGUCAGCGUGCGGGCGGGAAGGCUAACCUGGAGGUCACGUCUGGGCUCGACUUACACGAUAGAGUUGAUGGCCAGUUGUUUGAGGGUUCCC